AUGCUAUUAAUACUCAUUACUUACUUAGUCAACCCGUUGAUAUUAAUAGUGCCCGUCCUCCUAGCUGUCGCCUUUUUGACCCUCCUCGAACGCAAAGUUUUAGGUUACAUACAACUACGAAAAGGCCCAAACAUCGUAGGGCCCUACGGGCUCCUUCAACCCAUUGCUGAUGGUGUUAAACUAUUUAUUAAAGAGCCCGUCCGCCCCUCAACCUCCUCUCCAAUUCUUUUCCUUCUCGCCCCUAUACUAGCCCUCACCCUAGCACUAACCCUCUGAGCCCCCCUGCCCCUCCCACACCCCAUAAUUGACCUCAACCUAGGCAUUAUGUUUAUUCUAGCCUUGUCCAGCCUUGCAGUCUAUUCUAUUCUUGGCUCAGGCUGAGCAUCUAAUUCAAAAUACGCCCUCAUUGGAGCCCUACGGGCCGUAGCCCAAACUAUCUCCUACGAAGUUAGCUUAGGACUAAUCCUUUUAGGCACAAUUAUCUUUACGGGGGGAUUUACUCUUCUCACGUUUAACACUGCCCAAGAAGCUAUCUGACUAAUCCUCCCUGCUUGACCACUAGCAGCAAUAUGAUUCACCUCCACCCUUGCUGAAACUAACCGCGCCCCUUUUGACCUAACCGAAGGUGAGUCCGAACUAGUAUCCGGCUUCAACGUAGAAUAUGCGGGGGGCCCCUUCGCCCUAUUCUUCCUAGCCGAAUAUGCCAACAUCCUCUUCAUAAAUACCCUCUCCACCAUCCUCUUCUUGGGGGCCUCGUAUGUUCCCCUCUUACCUGAACUCACCACAAUUAACUUAAUAAUUAAAGCAGCCCUGCUCUCGGUCAUUUUCUUGUGGGUUCGAGCCUCCUACCCCCGAUUUCGAUAUGAUCAACUUAUGCACCUUAUCUGGAAAAACUACCUUCCACUCACACUAGCCUUAAUUAUUUGACACCUCGCCAUACCCAUGGCGCUUGGAGGCAUCCCUCCUCAACACUAA